GCGGCGCGCACAUGUCCUCCUCUUUGUCUGCCUUCCCGGCGUCACUUAUUGGCUGCCAUGGACAAAACCCGCGGGUCGCUUUUGUCGUUUCCGAGCAUCCCCUGAAGCGCUCAUCUCUCUCUCUUUCUCUCCCUUGGCGUGUUUACUUACCCGCGCCACGGUGCUCCACUUCCCGCCGUGCCCACCUGGAACCUGCAGGAUGUGUCUGGCUGCAGGGUUGCUUUUUUGGAGAUGAUGCGCAGAUGGUCUCUCCGUGUGUUUAGGUUUAUGUGGAGCUGCACGCCUCCUUCCUCACCCUCAUUAUCAUCGUCAUCCCAUCCCGAGUGGAGGUCCAUGCCCCGGCUUCUCGGGUCAACAUGUGCCCAGAAUCAGCUGCCAGUGAAGGCAGCACCGCCAGCGUCGCCCCUGAAGAAGACUUGGACAACAAUGCCAGGGCUGAGCCGCAGCAGCCCCAGAAGCAGUCCCUGCUGAGGUCCUUGUGCCAGGACAGCCACUGGAAAUGUCUGCUGCUCUCCCUGCUCAUGUACGGCUGUGUGGGCGCCAUGGCCUGGUGCCGGGUGGCCACAGUGACGCGCCUCUCCUUCGACAGCGCCUACAAGGGCCGGUCCAUGAUGUACCACGACAGUCCCUGCUCCGACGGUUACAUCUACAUCCCCCUGGCCUUUCUGGUCAUGCUCUACGUGGUCUACCUGGUGGAAUGCUGGCACUGCCACACCAGGCAGGAGCUGCAGUACAAUGUGGACGUCGACGACGUGGCCGAGCGCGUGCGGAGGAUGCAGCAGGCCACGCCGUGCAUCUGGUGGAAGGCCGUCAGCUACCACUACGUUAGGAGGACGCGGCAGGUGACGCGCUACCGCAACGGGGACGCGUACACCACCACGCAGGUCUACCACGAAAGAGUCAACACGCACGUGGCCGAGGCUGAGUUCGACUAUGGGAACUGCGGCGUGAAGGACAUCUCAAAGGGCCUGCGGGGCUUGGAGUGCUUCCCUGUCACCAAGUUGAGGUUCACCAAGUGCUUCAGCUUUGCCAACGUGGAGUCGGAAAACUCUUACCUGACCCAGCGGGCCAGGUUCUUCACAGAGAAUGAGGGUUUGGAUGACUACAUGGAGGCCCGUGAAGGGAUGCACCUAAAGAAUGUAGACUUUAAGGAAUACAUGAUUUCCUUCUCCGAUCCAAAUCACCUUCCGUGGUACGCAGCACAUUCCACCUUCUGGACAGCAGCCGCCUUGACUCUCUCCUGGCCUUUACGGGUGCUGUCCGAGUACCGAACGGCGUGCGUCCACUACCAUGUGGAGAAGCUCUUUGGCUUCGACUACGUGCCUGUGACGCCUUCCGAGGAGCGUCCGUACUGCAGACACAUCCCGCGGGUCAACACCAUCGACAGCACGGAACUGGAGUGGCACAUUCGCUCCAACCAGCAGCUGGUACCUAGCUACUCGGAGGCGGUUCUCAUGGACCUGGCCCAGCUUUCAGGCAGCGGCAAUAACUCCUCCGUUUGUCGGCGCUACAGACAGAACUGCCAACGUUGCCAGCGUGCCAUCAGCAGUUCCUCCAUUUUCUCCCGCAGCGCCCUGAGCAUCUGCAACACGGCCAGCCCCCGGCUCCCGUUCAGCGCCAGCCGCUUUUCGUUAAGCCGGCUCUACGGCUCCAGGCGGAGCUGCCCGUGGAGGAGCAGCGGCAGCUUAAACGACAUGCCCAGCCGGCCCACGGAGAGCACGCGCUGCCUGUCGGGCCAUCCGGACGGCGGGGAGGGCCCUCCGGCGUACCAGGACGCCCUCUACUUUCCCGUACUCAUCGUACAUAGCAAUGAAGGCUGCCUCAACCACGACCAUCACUCUCUACACAUUAACGGAUCCUGUGUGGAGACUUCUCUAUGACCCUGGACCUAAGACAGGGGCUUAAAGGCCUACUGAAACCCAACGCAGUCUGAUAGUUUAUAUAUCAAUGAUGAAAUAUUAACAUUGCAACACAUGCCAAUACGGCCUUUUUAGUUUACUAAAUUGCAAUUUUAAAUUUCCCGCGAAGUGCCGUCUUGAAAACGUCGCGGAAUGAAGACGCUUAUGAUGACGCUUGCGUUUGACGUCUCGGGUUGUAGCGGACAUUAUUUUCCAGCCCGAUCCAAGCUAUAAGAAGUCUGCUUUAAUCGCAUAAUUACACAGUAUUCUGGACAUCUGUGUUGCUGAAUCUUUUGCAAUUUGUUCAAUUAAUAAUGGAGAAGUCAAAGUACAAAGAUGGAGGUGGGAAGCUUUUAG